UUAAAAACGAAAUAUUAUCCCCGACGAUGUGCGAUCUAAAGCCCGUCGAGCACCGUCGAUGACCCUUUAUCGAAUCGACGGACGACAUUCCACCCUCGCUCAAAAUCCGACGGUCAGCGCUAUCGGAAUCGAGAACCAAUUAAUAUUAUAAAAAUUACUCGAUUAAGAAAAUGAGAUCAGCCUAUUUAAUCUCAAGAAUACCACAUGAUAACAGUUCUUUCAAACCCUAGCCCCUCAAACCCUAGCUCGGAUUUCUGUUCGGGCAGGCGAAAUUUUCUUCCAAUUCAGGGCAUUCAAGGUGGUUUUUUAUUUUUAUUAGAUCGAAUUCGAGCUAUUCAAAGAAUUUAUCGGAUUCGAAAAUGAUGCAACCUACACCAGGCGCUGGGCCUCCUCUCGCAGAUGCAAACACUCAGCAGCAGCAACAGCAGCAAUGGAUGCAGCAUCAGCAAAUGAUGAUGGAUAUGCAGCAGCAACAAGUGAAUCAGGGGAUGGUGAUGCAGCAGCAGCAGGCGCCGCCACAGCAGCAACAUCAUCCACAGGCGCCAUAUCAGCAGCAACAGGCGUUCUACCCAAACCAGCCUCAGUAUCAGCAGCAGCAGCAGCCCAUGCAAAUGCCACCUCAACAGCAGCACCAACAGCCGAUGUCCAGUGAUGAGGUGAAGACGCUUUGGGUUGGCGAUCUGCUGUUUUGGAUGGACGAAAAUUACUUGCAUUCUUGUUUUGCUCAUACGGGAGAGGUUAUUUCUGCAAAGGUCAUACGCAAUAAACACACUGGACAGUCAGAGGGUUAUGGUUUUAUGGAGUUCGUUUCACGUGCAUCGGCUGAGAAGGUUUUGCAUAGUUACAAUGGAACAGUGAUGCCUAAUACUGAACAAGCAUUCCGGCUGAACUGGGCUUCUUUUAGCAUGGGAGAAAGGCGUACAGAUGGAGGUCCAGAUCAUUCUAUAUUUGUUGGGGAUUUGGCUUCAGAUGUUACAGAUUUACAGUUGCAGGAGACUUUUCAGAGUCGAUACCCCUCGGUGAAAGGUGCUAAGGUUGUUAUAGACUCUGUCACUGGGCGUUCAAAAGGUUAUGGGUUUGUGAGGUUUGGGGAUGAAAAUGAGAGAGCCCGAGCAAUGUCUGAGAUGAAUGGUCAAUACUGUUCGACAAGGCCCAUGAGAAUUAGUGCAGCUACCCCAAGGAAGUCUGCAGGAUUUCAGCAGCCAUAUCCCUCUAGAGCAGGCAGUAAUGGACACCAAUCCCAAGGAUUCCAGUCAGACCCUGAUAUAAACAACACAACUAUCUUUGUGGGUGGGUUGGACCCAAAUGCAACGGAUGAUGAUUUGAGGCAGAUCUUCGGCCAGUUUGGCGAACUUGUGUCUGUGAAGAUACCUGUUGGUAAAGGCUGUGGAUUUGUCCAGUUCGGUAGCAGAGCCUCUGCUGAGGAAGCCCUGCAAAGACUCCAUGGUACUAUUAUUGGUCAGCAAACUAUACGGCUAUCUUGGGGUCGUAGCCCUGCAAACAAGCAGCAACAGCAGCAUCAAGGACAACCGCAGGCUGAUCCAAAUCAGUGGAAUGGGGCUUACUAUGGACAGGGAUAUGAAACUUAUGGUUAUGCCCCUCCUCCUCAGGAUCCAGCAAUGUAUGCUUAUGGUGCAUACCCUGGAUAUGGAAAUUAUCAUCAACAGGUAAGCUAGAGUUCUGAGCGCCUAAGUUUGGUUAUGAAAAUACUACAGAGUACAAGGGUUGUCUGUAUACCCUUUAAAACGAGCUCUGUUGGUUGGAAUCUGGAUGUAGCAAAUUUUUGGAAGUAUUGUAAGGAUAGUGGCUAUUGGCUCGGCUUAAGGUUUUUGUUGUCUUGUCAGAAGAUAUUUUCUGGAGUUAUUUCACUUAAGUUCUUAUUUUUAUUUUUGAAAUAUGUUUUGUGUUAUGAAUUGUUACUGAUAUGUAACCUCCAUGUAGAUGUGCAUGGUCAAUGCUAUGAUUGUUGAAAUAGGUUUAUUAUAUAUGUUUUACAUUGUCAAACACUGAGUAUUCUUGUCCACUGACGUGCUCACGAUUAGCAUGCAUGAUAUUGGAAUUAGCAGAUUUUAGCUUGUUC